UGUCACGCUAUGUCACGCCAUCUCCUUUUAGUCUUCAAAUGACGUUAUUUAAUCUAAGCUUCGCAGAUAGCUGUGUUACAACUGUCUUUGUCUCUCCUAGUGCAUCAUGGCUCACAAAAGUUCUAAUUAUUAUGGAUCAAAGUCUCUUAAUGCCCAAUGGGAGGAUCUGAGUCGCUCGGUAAGUUAUCUUUUGAACGAGCACGAGGAACCAACGCCGAAGGCGGAAAGUCUUGGGCGCAUUGGGUGAACAGUUUAGAAAGUACUCACUGUGCUGAUGGAAGCUGUCGGGAGAAAUUUAAGUUAACGGAAAGAAAGUAUCACUGUAGAAGGUAUGUAAAAAGUUGGCUAACACUUCUAGCGGACUUAAGUUCCAACGGGUCGUUAUCCUAAUAUCAGUAAUAUGGAGUCCAAUUCAAUAGAUUUAUCUUGCUUUCUUUAUCAUCUGAGGAAGAGAUUGGAAGGAAAAUAGUUGAAAGAGUUAAAACUAAUCCCAAUUAUCAAUUCUUCAUCGAGUUGUUGCAGUAAUAUCUCCUUGUAAACGUUCAGCCAUAAAAUAGUAAGUAAUUAACCAGAUAUCAUUAUCAGCUCUCUACUGUGGGUCCACACUUUUCAGAUUCUUGUAGGGGAGUGAUAGUAAUAGCAGUGGCAAUAGUAAUUUUUUUCCUCCGGGAGGGGGAGGGGGCACUCAAGUCACUUAGGCUGGGUGACAGAUGUAAAAACAUAUUAAUGUGUAAGGAAUGUCACAUUUCCAUUUCCAUAACAUCAAACUGGAUUAUCCAUAAAAUGUUGCAACCAUUUGAAACUCUGUUGGUAACAGGAAGUAUCUCUGAAUUUAAGAUUUGUUCCAAGACUUGUUUUUGGUUGAAUUCAAAGUUAAGUUGAUAUUUACUGGGAUAUAUUUGUCUUAAGAUUAAUAAUGAAACAGAAUGUUAAAGUUAAUAUACCAAAAUAAAUCUCUUAACCCUCUAACACCUAAGUGAGACUAGCAUCUAAUUUCUCAUUACAAUAUCACCCCUGAAUCACUCAUUAAGGUCAUGAGAAUAAAGGAAAUGAUCACCAACUAAAGAAGCUCUUGAUUGUUAAACAAAUUCUCCUUGUCAGUAUCAUAGGAAAUGUCUAGACUACAGUAUAGGAAAUAUCAAGAUACAGAGGAAAUACACAAAACCCUUUGGUAGCCAAUUAAAACACAGGAUGUCUGUUUAGUAUUACAACUCACUUCCCGAAAGUUACAGUAACUUUACAGACCUGAAGAAAAUUCUAAAGUCUCAAUUGAUAGUAGUGUGUAUUAGCUGUGUUAUCUGAAAACAAUUUUCUUUUUCAGCAUUUAUACAAGUGUCUAAUAUCAGCCUAAACAAGGAUGAUUUCAAAAGAGUAUUGAAAUGAGGUACUGUUACUCAAGGUGUGUAAUAAUUGAUAUUCAGGCCUUCAUGUAAGAAAGAAUGUACUGAGAAUCGUAUCUUUUUUAAAUUUCUUUUCUUAUCCUAUUAAUAUACUGAUGACCCAUUUUCCAAGACAGAGUUAUAAUAAUGUUACCAUGUCUUAAUGUGUAAAUAUAUGAGUUUCUAUUUCCAGGAAACAUGCAUUUUUGUUUGAACUGGAAGCUGAACAGAAGAAAUCCUCACACAAAUUUUUUUUCCCCUGAGGACCAGUCAUUUUUCAUCUUCUACUUGAACUAGGGGGCUGGUACUCAGUUUAUUUGAAUCUCAGAGUAAGUGCGAAUAAAGCUGAGGUUAAUGUCACUGGAAUGGGAAAGACUGCACUGAUGUCUUUCACAUCGGCACCCUCAAAUGACACCCACAGUAAAUAUUUUGGGACUGUUCACAUAUCUACUAGAGAUAACCAGGAACACUUAUUUGUCUGUUCAAGAGGUGUUCAAAGCUAAGGGAAAGGUCCAAGAAGACUCUAACAAGUUGUUUAUUAAACCUGAAAGAUGACAGAACUUUUCUUGUGAGUUAAACAAAAACCACAGAGAUGAACAUGGCUUCUAUUUUCUACCCUCAUUUUGAAGAGGGAUGAAUUGCAGCUGAAAAAUUCCUUAUGAAAUUAAUUUUAGUAAACACUCUUCUUUCAGAUGAGGGAUUAUUUCUCCAUUAAUAUAGAUGUUAUUAAAGAUUAGACAUGAACCAAAAGAGCAUGUCAUUUACUAAGUAAUCGGUCUCAAUACAACUAUUAUGUGAAGGGUAUAAUCUGUGAUAUCAGUCUGUAAAGUUAAAGAUAGAAAGAAAAUUGGAACUUACAACUUUUACACAUUUGACUUUGCAAUCAAGGAUUGUAGUUCUAUAGUUCUGUAAUUUGUGCUGGAGUCGUAAAAUUGUGAUUUUGCUGUAAGUUAUGUAAAUAUGUAAUCCUUUGAAAUAGAGCACAUUUUGAUCAAUUGUCGAAAAAUCAAAACUGAUGUUAUUGUGAGAGCCAGUCAGAACAAAUGGAAAGUGAAUCACGAGGGGCUGACAAAAACUCUAAGUCUCUCUGGAAACGCGGUAAAAUGAGAGUGACUAAGUCACCAUUCAGUUCUAGUCUUACAUCUGAUUGGUGAAAGGAAGGGAUCAAGUUUUCUUAACCAAUCAGAGCAAAGCAAUACAGAAGCAAUGCAAUCCCGAAUUACUUUUGACAAUGGAAAAUUGUUAAAAUUAAGUGAUUGUAGAUACAGCACCAGGCAAACUCAUAACAAUAUAACUUGGGGCUAACGAGUAAUCAAAUCCAAUCCAUGACUGAAUGAAAAAUGAUCUGUAAACAUGACC